UCAAACCAGGGCACUUGGCUCAGGUCUGAUGAUAAAGCGUGAUGAUGGCUCUCCUGACUGGGUGUGGAAUGAAUUCAUAAAACAGAUGAUUGUUAGAGAUAACUGGUGGAAAAAAAAAACUUCUUCACAGUUGCACCAAGGCCAGAAUAUAAAUGAAACGUGGCCGGUGUGAACGCGCCCAAUGCUUUGUAUGGACCAAAGGCCUAUAAUCGGCAGUGGUUUUUAAUGUUUUAUUUUUUUAAUGGAUGUUUUGAUGACUACUAUUUUAAAUCCCCGUGGAGAUUUUGCAUCUUAAAUGACUUGAAGUUAACCAAAGCCACAGUGCCCAUCAGGGAAAGACACAGUCGGGUUUUAUACGCCUUCUCUGAAACCUCUCGGGAUCUCGCGAGAGCUCCGGUGAUCGCCGUAGCUGGUCGUGGCUUAGCAGCAGACAGAGGGAGAAGGCAGGCAGGCAGCAUCAUGGCGGACAGAGACAGUGGAAGGGAGCAGGGAGGAGCAGCCACGGGCCCAGGCUUCGGUUCCAUGCACCUAGCGACAGGAGGGGCGGGCUCGGCUUCCGGGCUCCAGCAUGAGACACAAGAGCUGGCGUCGAAGCGGGUUGACAUCCAAAACAAGCGCUUCUAUUUGGACGUUAAGCAGAACGCAAAAGGCCGCUUCUUAAAGAUAGCAGAAGUCGGGGCCGGUGGAAACAAGAGCCGCCUGACUCUCUCCAUGUCCGUGGCGGUCGAGUUCCGUGACUACUUGGGGGACUUCAUCGAACAUUAUGCCCAGCUGGGUCCGAGCAACCCGGGAAUGGUACAAGACGAGCCCAGACGAGCACUUAAAAGCGAGUUCUUGGUCCGAGAAAAUCGGAAAUACUACAUGGAUCUGAAAGAGAACCAAAGGGGACGAUUUCUGAGGAUUCGACAGACCGUUAACCGGGGGCCCGGUUUGGGAUCCACGCAAGGCCAGACGAUUGCUUUGCCUGCCCAGGGACUUAUUGAGUUUCGUGACGCUUUGGCUAAACUUAUUGACGAUUACGGUGUAGAGGACGAACCUGCAGAGUUGCCCGAAGGGUCAUCAUUGACUGUGGACAACAAACGCUUUUUCUUCGACGUCGGAUCCAAUAAGUAUGGUGUGUUCAUGAGGGUAAGCGAGGUGAAGCCAACGUACCGCAACUCAAUUACGGUACCCUAUAAAGUGUGGUCUAAAUUUGGGAAUACUUUCUGUAAAUACGCCGAGGAGAUGAAGAAGAUCCAGGAGAAACAGCGGGAGAAAAGGGCAUGCGAGCUGCAGCAACAAGAGGAGAUGCAGGCGGACGAUGGAGACGAGGAUUGAUAUAUAGAGAGCAAAAAAAAAAAAAAAAAACAAAACA